GUCGUAGCUUUACUCGGCGCCUACGAUCGUCCGACGGCGAGGAUGUCCGCGUCAAAGAUCUCCGUGUUCGGGGAUCCCUGUGUCAUUGUUUUUCGUAUUGCCUCGAGUCCGCAAUAUCUCGAGGAAGAUACUGUUAACAUUUCUACGAAGCAUCGUUCGAUCUUAUCGCUUCUCGCCGGGUGUCCUCGACGUUCUCGUCAUCGCGAGAUUCACCGAAGCAGAAAGGAGGUGGAAGAAGGAGAGGAAGAGGAUCACCCUGCUUUACCGAAACGAACGGGCUAUCGUCACUUCGUAAAAGUGAUAGAUCUUGGAAAACAUUUAGACUUAAUAAAUCGAGAACGAUCGCCGUACAUUUUUCAGAUAAGAAGUGCAGCACGCGGAGGAAUCAAGGAAGAACUCGUCUUUGUACGACGCUAAAGGCCAAGGCUACUGCUGUUGCUGCUGCUGUUGCUGCUGCUGCUGCUGCUUUCACCGAGGAGAGCUUCCACUGGAAGUGAGAGAGAGAGAUAGAGAGAGAGAGAGAGAGAGAGAGUGAGAGUGGGAGAGAGAAAGACGGACAAAGGAAGAAAAUGAGCGAGUGAGAGGGAACGACGACGAGUCGGCACGUGGGCAAGCCAAGAUCAACCGAGGGUUUGUUGUGCGUGGUGGUGAAAGUGAGAAAGAGGAGUAGAAAAAGAGAGCGAAGGCGUACUUUAUUGGAAAAGACUGCUGGAUUGUUUACUUUGACGAAGCACUUGAAAGAAAUUUUUACGAGCAGGAGUAACGUGCGAGGAACUCCGCGUGAGGAAACAAAAAAAAAAAAAAGACAAGAAAAAGAUCCAAGAAGAAAAGUACGAAGGAAGAAAACAAUAGAUUUUCGAAGUGAGUGAAGACGGAAGACUAGCGAGAGGAAGAAAUUUUACGAGACGCUCUUCUCGUGUAUACAGAUCGUUUGCUAUAAAGUUCUUCAUAAAUUCUGGAUGAUUUAUGAGCGUUCCAUCGAUCGAUACAUAGGCGUGGAAGAGGACAAAGAGAGAAGAGCGAAGCGACGUCGUAGUCAUGGUGUAAAAGAGGAAGGAAAACGGAGAGAAAAAAAGAGAGAAGAGAAAAGAAAAAUGAAAAUACGAGAAGGGAGGGGACAACUGUGACGGCAAACUGUGUUUCAUGCGAGGCUGUAAUCAUAAAAAGGAUACUACUUCAUCGUCUAGUCGAUUAAUAGGAAUAGAGAGAAAAAGAGAGAACUUGGCCGACGGCGAAGGUGAUGCUCCAGGUGAGCGGAUACAACGAGCCCUGGGCGGCCCUUUUUUCUUCUUCUCAUUCUUCUUCUUCUUCUUUUCCUCCUCCUCCUCCUCCUCCUUCCCUUAGCUCUUCCUAUUACCUUUCUCCCUCUUUUUCUAUCUCCUUUCUCUGUGAACGUUAUCGAGAAAGAAGAAGAACCAUAGUCAUCGCCGUUGCGUCGAGUCGAAGUGAAGAAGAAAAACGAGUAAUAGUAACGUCCUCGUCGUUGUCGUCGUCAUUCUCAUCGAGAAAGAAAAGUCGAAGGACGACGAGUAGAACGAAGAAAAGGUUCGAAACUAGUAAAGGUAAUAAAGGAAGAGGAAGAUACGAAGAAGAAGAAGAAGAGAAAGAAGGAAAGAGCGCCUCGUCGAAAACGGCGCUCUUGUUACGGCGGCGAUAGGAGAGAGAGUUAUGGUGGCUCGCACAUGCAAUGACUGUGGCCGCAGCCGUGGCACUGUGGCAUCGUGCCAACCUCUACAAGGCGAUGGCCUGCGUCGUCCUCGCGCUCAUUGCUGUUCAGUAUCUUCUAAGCGGAGUAUUGGAUCGUCGAUCCAUCGAGACCAUAUUCACCAUUAAUGCUACGAGAUACGCCGAUCGGACGUAUAGGAACCAUCCUCGUGGAUUGAUCAUAUACGGUCCAGCGACCGUGUCUAGCGUUUCCAAAGGCGACAACAACAACAACAACAACAACAAUGUCACUUCGAAAAUAUUCCCAUCAGCCGGCAAAGGGGAUAAUGGUGGAAGUGGUCUCGCGAACAUUACCAAAACCGAAGCUGGAGUAUUUCCGACGAACAACGUCAUUGGGUUGUCUCCUGGAAGCUCACCUCAAUAUGCCUCGAAUGCCACGAAUAACGCGACGAUUCAACAAUGUCCCCUUGUAUCUCCAAAUCUCGUUGGUCCAGUGGCCGUUAGUAAAACUCCACCGGAGAUGUCGGUCAUUGAAAAAACGUUCAUCGAGGUGAAUCCAGGUGGAAGAGGAUGUCCAACGAAUUGCGUAGCGAGAGAUCGCGUAGCCAUUAUUAUUCCGUUUCGUGAUCGGCCACAGCAUCUGCAGGCGUUACUCUUCAAUGUGCAUCCGAUUCUCUUGCGUCAGCAAAUCGAUUAUCAGAUCUUUGUGGUCGAGCAGGAAGGUACCGGAGCAUUUAAUCGAGCGAUGCUGAUGAACGUCGGUUACGUGGAAGCCUUGAAGGAAAGAACAUUCGAUUGCUUCAUUUUCCACGAUGUCGAUUUACUUCCGGAAGACGAUAGAAAUCUGUACACCUGCCCGGAACAACCCAGGCAUAUGUCCGUCGCCGUUGAUAAGUUCAGAUACAAGCUCCCGUAUGCCGACCUUUUCGGUGGUGUUUCCGCUAUGUCCCGGGAACAUUUCAAACUGGUGAACGGCUUCAGCAACGUCUUUUGGGGUUGGGGUGGCGAGGACGACGACAUGGCAAAUCGUAUAAAGGCUCAUGGUUUGCAUAUAUCUCGUUAUCCUGCUAACGUAGCUCGCUACAAGAUGCUAACGCACAAGAAGGAGAAGGCUAAUCCAAAGAGGUACGAGUUCCUGAGGACAGGGAAGAAGAGAUUCGCGACGGAUGGUCUAAGCAAUCUUCAAUACGAGCUGAUCGAUAAACAAAAGCCAAAAUUGUAUACGUGGCUUUUGGUACGACUGACACCACCGCAGCCCAGCUGAUGGCUACCAUGGAUCGGUUGAAGGCUCUGGGAAUUUUCUCUCAUGGCCUUAUCAAAAUGAUACAGAGUCCGCUUUCUUUUUCAGAACGUUCCUCCAUCUUUCUAUUUUACGACUAAUGCUCGAUAAAACUCGCACAGUGGGAUAAAUUAUCUAUCAGCGUCCGUUGUUUAUUACGUGCAUGCGUGUGUACUUUCUUCUUUUGUUUCUUUUCUUGUUCUUUUUUUUCUUUUUUUUCUUUUUUCUUUUUUCUUUUUGUUUUUCUUUUUUUUUUUUUUUUUUUUUUUUUUUUUGUUUUUUUUUUGUUUGAACGUUCUCUAAAGAAAAAGAAAGAGAAUGAACAAGAUGAAGAAGAGAGCGAAGACUUCGAUCGGUACGUUUCGUAAUACGAAAACGAACUUCCGCACUGUUGUUGUUGUUGUUGUUUUCGAUUGUAUCCGGCGUGCGCGUUUAGAUAACUCGCGUCUAUUACUACUGGUUUCCCUUGAAAAUCUUAGCACCGUUAGAGGGGUGCGACGACGGUGGAAACGUCAUUGCGUGAUAUAUUUUUAUUCCUCAUAUUUUUUUAUUGCAACGAUAGGAUAACGAGUGCGAUUAGAGAUGUAACGAAAGAGUUGACGUGCCAAAGGAGAGAGUGAAAGUGAAUCUAAGAAAAAAAAAAAAAGAAUGAAUAACAAGGAAGAGAGAGAGAGAGAGAGAGAGAGAGAGCGUGUGCAUGGAAUUUUUAUGAUUGAGUGCUUGAACGACGGUAAUUCGGUCGGAUAAAAAAUUCCUUAGAAUUAAAUAAAACAAAAAGACGUCCACGUUAUCUCUGGAUCUCAUUCCGAAUCUUCUUCCUGUUUAAAUUGAAAAAAAAAGAAAAAAAAACAAAAAACGAAAAAAAAAGAUAAAAAGAUAAAACAGAAAAAAAGAAAACCAAGAAAAAACAUAAGAAGUAUGAUAUCACACAAAAAAGACAUGGAACGGGAAGAAGAAAUAAUUUUUUCCAAUCGCGGAACGUCGUCUAUCUACUUAAUUAAGCUAAAUAACUUUAGGAUAUGCUUGGAAAAAGAAUUUACUUAGCUUAUAAUUAGUCAUUAUAUUAUCAUGUAUAUAUAUAUAUAUAUACACACACACACACACACACACACUCACACACACACACACACAUACGUACGUACAUACACACACACACACACUUCUAUUUUUUUAUAUAAAACAACUUUUAAAAAUCGCGAAUGCAGUGUCCACCGAUACCGUGGACGUUCGGUUUACGUCGUGUCGUCCGUUUGCACGAGAUAUCAAUGAAAUAAAAUAUCAAAUGAGAUUAAAAAUAAAAAAAAAA